ACUAGCCUGGCCAACAUGGUGAAACCCCGUCUCUACUAAAAAUACAAAAAUUAGCUGGGCGUGGUGGCGAGUGCCUGUAAUCCCAGCUACUCAGGAGGCUGAGGCAGGAGAAUCGCUUGAACUCAGGAGGUGGAUGUAGCCAUGAGCCAAGAUCACGCCAUUGCACUCCAGCCUGGGCAACAAGAGUGAAACUCCGUCUCAAAAAAAAAAAAAAGAACUAAUAUUUAAGUCUGGCACGGUGGCUCACACCUGUGAUCCUAGCACUUCAGGAGGCUGAGGCAGUUGGAUCACCUGAGUUCAGGAGUUCAAGACCAGCCUGGCCAACAUAGCAAAACUCCAUCUCUACUAAAAAUACAAAAAAUUAGCUGGGUGUGGUGGUGGGCGUCUGUACUCCUCAGCUACUUGGGAGGCUGAGGCAGGAGAAUCACUUACUUGAACCUGGGGGCCGGAGGUUGCAUUGAGCCAAGAUCAGGCUGCACUCCAGCCUGAGUGAUAGAGUGAGACUCCGUCUCAAAAAAAAAAAAAAAAAAAAAUUACUGGUGUUUGGGCGUUUCAUCCACAGGAUCCAUUGAAUUAGACAUUUUCAAAUAUUUACUGUGCACCCCUUUCAAAAAAGAUCAUGUCCUAGAUAAAGGAUUAAACAAAACCAGUCACCCUCACCCAGCAUCACUGCCCAUUGGGACACACCCCGAGCUCCCUUCCUGGUGCAGCGUCCAGCGCCUUGAUGACAUGGGCCCAGGGUCUGCUGCCUUUCCUGGCUCAUUCUCUGCACUGCCACUCGGAAUGACUUGCUGCUCCCCAUACGCAGUCUGUCUCCAGGAUCCUGUAAUGUCCUUCCUGUCCCAACUAAUGAGUCAUUCAAGACCGGCUUCCCAUGUCACCUCCCCCCAUCACCCUCCCGGGCCAUCUCCCUGUCUUGCUCGCUGUCUCACACACGCAAUUAAUUCCUGUCUUCUCCUGAAUCUUGCCAUACUUUAUUUAGCGUCCGUCACAGCAAUUACAGUGCAUGCAAGUGUUCAGGGACUGUGAACUCCUUCGAUUAAGAAUGUUAUCAUCGGCCAGGCGUGGUGGUUCAUGCCUGUAAUCCCAGCAUGCACUUUGGGAGGCUGAGGCGGGUGGAUCACAAGGUCAAGAGUUUGAGACCAGCCUGGCCAGCAUGGUGAAACCCUGUCUCUACUAAAAAUACAAAAAAUUGGCAAGGCAUGGUGGCGCACGCCUGUAAUCCCAGCUACUCAGGAGGCUGAGGCAGGAGAAUCGCUUGAACCCAGGAGGCGGAGGUUGCAGUGAGCUGAGAUCACACCACUGCAGUCCAGCCUGGGCAACAGAGUGAGACUCUGUCUCAAAAAAAAAAAAAAAUUUUAUUUUCAUUUCCAAAUCCUUAGUACCUUGUACAAGUGCCCAUCAGACAGCAAAAACUUGGCAAUUGUUGAAUGAACAAAUGCUUUUUUGUCUUGUAUACCCUAAAAGACCAUGGAUUCUACUGGCCUCCAUUAAUUGACUGUCCUCUGUGCCUCAGUGCACAUACACGCGGACCUUUGAUGCUGGCUGUUGCAGACUCCUGGUGUCAAUAUUGGGAUGUUGGGUCCUCCCCUGAAGGAAAAGCACCAAAUGUGACCAGCACCACACCUGUGGCAAAGCGAGCAGAGCCAUGGUUGGCGGCUCUCUUUGUGCAUCUUGGGGCGGUUCACCUGUGGCUUUAUCAAGGCCCCCUUCUUUCCAUGAGUGGAUUUCUCUAUGCCUUUGUGGACAGGCUUUCAUGGAGGGAGGUGUACCCGAGCUCAGAAUACAACAGGAACACAUGGCGUAAUGGGUCUUGUGCCCCUCACUCUGGCCUGUCCCUUCUGUUCAUGGGUCUCAAGACCCGCCACCCCCAGGGACCUCUGCUCCAUAUAUGCAGAUAUAAAAACUUCUUUUGAAAGGGCUCAUAAGGGCCAGGCAGCAUGGCUCAUACCUAUAGUCCCAGUACUUUGGGAGGCCAAGAUGGGAAGAAGAUUGUUUCAGGCCAGGAGUUCCAGACCAGCUUGGGCAACAUAGCAAGACUCCAUCUCUGCAAAAAAUAUAAUAAGUAGCCAGGUAUGGUGGCAUGUGCCUGUGGUCCCAGCUGCUCAGGGGGCUGAGGCAAGACGAUCACUUGAGCCCAGGAGCACCAGGCUGCGAUGAGCCCUGCUCACGCAACGGCACUCCAACCUGGGUGACAAAGCAAGACUGUGUCUAAAAAAAAAAGGGCACAUAGGAAUUGGGUGGCAAAUUCAAGCCUAUGGUGCACACAGAAAUACCUGCAAACCACAAAUAAAGAAAUGGAGGAGGCAGUCGGUGCGGGUCUUUGGACGCAAGAAGACAGCCACAGCUGUGGCGCACUGCAAACGCGGCAGUGGUCUCAUCAAGGUGAACGGGCGGCCCCUGGAGAUGAUUGAGCCGCUCACGCUACAGUACAAGCUGCUGGAGCCAGUUCUGCUUCUCAGCAAGGAGCGAUUUGCUGGUGUGGACUUUCGUGUCCGUGUGGAGGGUGGUGGUCAUGUGGCCCAGAUUUAUGCUACCCGUCAGUCCAUCUCCAAAGCCCUGGUGGCCUAUUACCAGAAGUAUAUGGAUGAGGCUUCCAAGAAGGAGAUAAAAGACAUCCUCAUCCUGUAUGACCAGACCCUGCUGGUAGCUGAUCCCCGUCCCUGCGAGUCCAAAAAGUUUAGAGGCCCUGGUGCCUGUGCUCACUACUAGAAAUCCUACCGAUAAGCCCAUCGUGACUAUCAAAAUUCACCUGUAUAAUAAACAGAUUUUGAAGGAUUUUAAAGUUUCAAGGAAAAAAAAAAAAGAAAUGGAGGAGUUUGGGAUUUCUCCAGUUUGCUGCUGAGCACUGGCCGCCUGAAGAGCCACAGUGCUUGUUAACUGGCACAGCCAAUGGCUCUUGAGCUGACAACAGUUACUGGAAAGACCAUUUGUAGAAGAAUUUGUGCCAUCAAGAGAGUUCUCAGAAAUGAGCAGCCUGCAGUAUGCGCUCACUCUGCACCAAGUCAGUUGCUCACCUAAAAAACAAACAUUGAGAUACUCGAUGUGUGUGAUGUUUAAUAUUUUAACAGUAAGCAAACCUUUUAUAGAGAGGGGAAAAGGUUUGCCUUCCCUUUCCUGACUGUGUCCCGGGACUAGUGAAGAGAGCCUCUUCAAAGGGAAGUUCUUGAAGCUCUGUUCUUGUCUUCUUGCUGGGCAGAGGCGGCAGCUUUAGGAGUGGCUGGAGUCCUGAGUGUUUAACUUAGAGUAGCUGAUGGGGGCUCAGCCGGGGCCGGUCCCGGGCCUCAGUCAUCAGCACUUCUGGAGACUCUGCCGCCUCGGCGUCAAGUGCAGAAGGAACAUUAACUUCUUUCUCUUGUGUACAUUUGCUUUUGUAACAAAAAACUUGCCAGAUUUUGUAAUUCUAGGAUCUCUUCCUUUAAACUCCUUUUGCUGAAACAGAACAGAUGCAAGCGUAGUGUUCAGUGAGACUUUAGGUAAAACCUCACACGUAUCAGGCAACAAGCUGGGUGCCGUGGGGGCACAGAGAUGAAACCUCGGCAGGGCACGGUGGCUCACGCCUGUAAUCCCCACACUUUGGGAGGCCGAGGCGGGCGGAUCACUUGAGGUCAGGAGUUUGAGACCAGCCUGGCCAACGUGGUGAAACCCCAUCUCUACUAAAAAUA